AUGAAGACUUCUCUUCUUGUCCUGCUCGUCGUAGCCCUGUGCACGGAGAGCGCUUUCUCCUUGACAUGUUUCACGUGCAAAGACGCAACUUCCAACAUACAUUGUCUCAGUACAACCACGUGCGCUGACCAUGAGAAGUACUGCCUCACAAGCUACUCGACCACCGGAUACGGCACUGACCAAAAGCAAAGUAUUACCAAGAAGUGUUCUGCCUUUUGCCCAACACUUGACCUGAAUAUCGGCAUAGCUGGCAUCGCUACCAGCUGCUGUGAGACCUCCUUGUGCAACAUCAGCGGUGCAAGCAGUGUGAAAACCAGCUACACUAUGAUAGGUCUGGGUGUCUUGGCCAGUCUCGCCUGCAUCCUCCGGUUGGGUUUUUAA